GCACCCUCUAAAAUUAUGGACAAUGCCAAAGCACCCUAUAAAACUAUGGACAGUCCUGAGGCACCCUCCAAAAUUAUGGACAAUGCCAAAGCACCCUCUAAAAUUAUGGACAAUGCCAAAGCACCCUAUAAAAUUAUGGACAGUCUUGAGGCACCCUAUAAAAUUAUGGACAGUCUUGAGGCACCCUCUAAAAUUAUGGACAGUCUUGAGGCACCCUCUAAAUUUAUGGACAAUAUCAAAGCACCCUCUAAAAUUAUGGACAGUCUUGAGGCACCCUCUAAAAUUAUGGACAAUGUCAAAGCACCCUAUAAAAUUAUGGACAAUACUGAGGCACCCUCUAACAUUAUGGACAGUCUUGAGGCACCCUCUAACAUUAUGAACAGUCUUGAGGCACCCCAUCCUAAAAUGUAA